UUUUGUUAAACUCAUUUUAUGCGUAUCUACGUGUAAUUAAUGUGUAUUAUGUAGUAAUGAAUUAUUUUUUAACACUGCACAUACAACACUAGUUUUAGAGAACAGCUUUAGGAAAGAAAUCUGCAUUCUUGACGCUGGUCAUGCCAAUGGAACACUCUCAUGCUUCGCAUUUCGUCGAGAAUAUUCGAUUCUCUCCUUCGUGGAGUCUUCCAUCUUAUUAUCGAGUAACUCCGUAACUCAGUAACAAAAGUGCAAGCUUACCGCCUGCAUUUUUAAAGCAAAUAACAUUGCGCUCUCAACGACAUCCGACAUGUAAAGCGCAAAACUUGUUAUUUCGAUACAGCUCUUUUUUUUCGUCGACAAAAAGUCUGAAAUCAUACGGUUGUAGUUCCUUCUCUUAUAAUAUACUACUUAUAUAUGCGAUGAAUAAUUUCUAAAUGAUUAUCGGUCGCCGUGGAAGACUCGUUGGACGACGACCCCUCCGGAAUCCUUGAGGAUUACUCGGCGUUGCAUGGCGAACAGUGAGAUUUCCUAUGUCGUAUCGAACUAGUAACAAUGUAGUAACUUUUGGACAUCUACCAUUAAGGACGGCAUUAAGGGAGGCUAUUGUCGGACGUGCCGAAAAGAAGUUAUCUCGUUAAUCGAAGUUAAUAUAAAAUGAGUUUCACGACUACUAUGAGCCCCACGGUCGAAUUCGGGCUGCGAGCCAUCGGGAUUUGGCCAGGUUCCCCGCGCAGCAUGUUAUAUCGGACCUGUUGGACGAUCUCCUUAGGUCUUGCGCAAACGUUUCAGUUCAGAUACAUCGUUGCCUGCAUUAAAACUAAUAAUUUUCUAGAUCUGGUGGACAGCAUAAGCACCACGCUGCCUUACAGUUUGCUUUGCUUGAAACUGAUUAUCCUUUGGCUCAAUCAGAGAUUAUUUAACAAUAUUUUAACAUCGAUAUCGCGAGAUUGGCGCAACUGUGAUUUCAUAGCUUGCAAUAUGCGUAUCAUGAUGAACAAAGCAUAUCUCUCGCAUCGUUGCUCGAUGUUGAUUAUUGGUGUAUAUUCGAUGGCCGUUAUAGUAUACAGUUCCGUAAUAAUAGAACUUAACAAUAUCGAUACCGAUGUUGAACCCGCUGAAAAAGAGCUUCUCCUUAAAAUGCAAUUUCCCUUUGUUUACGAAUUCUCUCCUCUUCGUGAAAUCGUUAUGUUCGUUCAAUUUAUUCAGUUGCUAAGUCACGCCUCAAUAAUUGGGAUGCUGGAUGCACUGAUCAUAACAUUAAUACUACACGUAAGUGGCCAGGUAGAUAUUGUGUGUCGAGGAUUGUUCGAGCUAUUUUCAGGAAAACAUGAGUACAAGUCGUAUAAGGAUGCAACAAGCGCAAUUAUUCGCAGGCAUCAAGAUAUUAUUGCGUUCUCGACUGAUAUCGAGAAUCUCUUUUCUUACAUUGCGCUAUUGCAGUUUCUUACGAAUACAAUUGUCAUAUGUUGCAUAGCAUUCGCCAUCGUAACAUGUAUUCAAAGCGAUCAAGGAUACGCCUUGCUGUUGAAGUCCCUCUUUUUUUAUAUUGCUAUCACUUUGGAAGCUUUCAUCUUUUGCUUUGCUGGGGAAUAUCUUAGUAAUAAGAGCAAAUCGAUUGCAAAUACAGCUUACGAGGUACUUUGGUACGAUGCGAAACCUAACGAAAGUCGAAUUUUAUUGAUUUUGAUGCUAAGAUCACAGAAACGAUUGACUUUAACAAUCGGGAAAUUUAAUGAUCUGUCAUUGGAAAUUUUUAUGAGCAUUUUAAAAGCUUCUGCAUCUUAUGUAUCGGUAUUGCUUGCAAUGUCUUGAUUAGCGAA